UUUUCUAAAAGAAAAAUAUAAUUUUCUUCCAGUUAUAUCUUCCAUAGUAUUAGUCAUUUACAAGCAAAAACGAACACACAAACAUAUAGUUUUUUCAAACUCUUCAAUCCACUACUGUCUAUUUUCAUUGUUCGGGAGUUGUGGGAAUACUUAUUUACUGUUCGGGAGUUGUGGGAAUACUUAUUUACUUAUUUUUCUAAGUCUUUCAAUAGAAGAAAUAUUAACAUGACCAAAUCUACCACAAUACAAAUUUAUAGACUCAACAAUAUAAGCAUUAUUUGAAAUACUUCCACUAUUGACAAUCUCUUGAACAAUGUUUAAUACAAAUAAUCCUCCACUAAGAUAUUUUUUCCCAAAAAAAUCUCCUCCACGAGAAAUAAUUAUUUUAUCAGUUUCAAAAACAAGUUUAAGGCCGGCCUACUUUGUUGAAAGGGCUCUGGAAACUAAGUUUCUAUGGAGGGAAGGAACAUACAAAACAUUGUUCAAGAAUAGUGUCUUUUCAGAAGUUAGUUUAAGUAAAACCUUUUCUUUACCCAUAACUCCAAUAAUAGUGGAGUUAUCCAUGGAAACAGACUCUUCAUCAGUGGACUCCUCAAAGUCAUGAAAUAAAUUUUUAUUGGCACAGAAAUGCCUUGAAGCACCUGUGUCUAGCACCCAGUAAGUUUUGUUAGCCACCAGAUUUGCCUCAAUGACUACAACGACAAUCACUUCAUUACCAUUAACAAGAUCAACUUGGACAUCACUUUGUCCUUCCUGCUUUGAGUCCUGCCCUUUUCUUUGAAAGCACUUGGCAGACUUAUGAUCAACUUUUUCACAAACAAAGCAAGAACCCUUAAACUUUUGAAUUUGACUCUACGACUUGUUGAAUUGAUUUUUCUUUUUCAUAAGUUUCUUUUUCGAGAUUUUCUUCUGUUUGCCUUUGAAGCUGUCUUUCAUAACAGUACCAUAAUAUUCAACAAGAUUAGUUUUAGAAUAAUUAAAGAAAGUUCUUUCAUCUUAUCUUUGAGACAGUUCGCCUCUUCAGCCCUCAUAUAACUAAUAAGUUCUUGGAGAGUUAAAAAAAAAUUCUUAUAUUUUAACUAAUUUCCAUAAUCACUCCAAAAGAUGGUGAAUAUUUUUCAAGCAGAACAUUAUAUAGGAGAGUUAAUUUUUCAAACGGAUUGUCAAAGGUUAAUGUCAUUACAUGACUUUUACAGAAACCCCUUGUUUGUCUUUUGAAUGUUAUAUCUUUGCAAUUUGCAUUAGACUUAGUUAGUUAGAAUUGUAGUCUGAAUAGAGAAAAUGACUUUGAUAUUUCAGAGAUGAACCGGAAUGUUUCAAGGAUGCUGAAAAUGAUUGAAGAUUCAAAUGCAGAGUCAUUUGAUAAAAAGUAUUCUGAGAGUAGAAAAGAAUUAAUCAACCUUGUUGUAAAAUGCUACAACAUACACUGUUCAUUGGCUGAGCGCCAUAAUCACGGGGCAACAGAGCUUCUGAACUACAUUCCUAAUUCAGAUCUUAUUCCAUCACAAUCCAAUGUUACUUCAGUCAAAAGCUCUAAGCAGCCAAAUCAUCAUGAGUACAAAGGCUCUAAGCAACUAAAACGAGGUGUUUCUGAUAAAGGGAUUAAUCAUCACAUCAAAGGAAAAAUUAGUAAACAUCCAACUGUCAUGUUUAAGUGUAAUUCGGUCCCAUGGGAGUUCGUACAAGACUCAGAUACACAGAGUGACAAUGAUUAUGAAGGGACUGAUGAUGAGUUGGAGGCUGAACUACGCGAUAUGAUAGAGAACCUUUACAAAGAGCUGGAAGGUGUUUCAGAGUUGAGGGGGUGAAAAUUUGAGGUAUGGGGAAUUUAGUAAUGUGAAGAAAGAAUCGGUAUCAUCAAAGGCGUUAUUGGAAGAAAACUUGGAGAUUCAGCAGAGGAUUAUAUACAAAUGAACAUUGCGAAUCAAUAGAGGAGGCUCUUAUUCAAGCUAGAGCAGAGAAAAUAGAAGCAGAGACUAAAGGCAAGCAUUGUCAAGAAGAACAAUCAUGUCCAAGAAUUGAACAAAAUCCUUGAAGCAGUAAUGGCAGAGAGAGAUCAGUUGAAAGUCAGAGUUGCAAUGCUUCAUGAUGACCCU